GCCCAUGAAGAUGAUGUGACCUGGGAAGAGCCGCUGUGAGACGUCUUGCUCUCACCCCGCAUCACCACAUCCCCGCACCCAGCUUCAUCCGGAUUCCACGGCUAUUCCACGAAAUCGCAACACCCACAUCACCAACGCAAUGGCACCUACGCAGGCGGACCUCGACUUCGGGCUGGCAAUGUACAUUGACGAGAUGCUACCCGAGGAGAUUGAGCAAUGUGACGAAUUCAUCCGCGAACACCGCAUAUACAUCCAAGACUGUCGAGACGGGAUCAAACAGGCACAAGACGCACUUCGAGCGAAUGCGACAUCGAACCACGCUAGCAAAGAGCAGACUACAGAAUGGAAGGAAGAGAUUCGGCGUCUUGAAGCGGAGAUGAGAGAAUAUGAAGAGGCAAUCCGGCUUUCUGAGCGGGAACGGUAUGAUCCUGGUCGAGCAACGACGGGCAGCUAUCGAGAAUCGUUGAAGAUCGUGAUGCCCAUUAUUACUCCUCGUGGCCUCUCCGUUUGCUGCACAUCCACACAGUUGCCCAAGCUCUUCCGCCGUAACAACAGCUUGCACCCGUCACGAUGUGCUCGUAGCCGAAUCCUCGCAUGCAGUAUUCGGAGUUGCCGCCGCAGGCAGCAGAAUUCGUCAGCCGCGCCAUGAUGUCCUCGAACAUCGUCGAGCAUUAAUGAGCACGUUACUCAUCAGAUCA